AUGGCCGAAGGAACUUGGGAGAAGCUGUCCCAGGUAGCUGUCCUGGGCGCUGAAUAUGACUCCCCUGAACGCCAGCCCCAUCUGAAAUGUUUGGAAGGGACCCGAGUGGACCUUCUCAAAUUCAUCAACAGACUGUUGAACAAGCGAGAGAAGAGUCAAAUCAUUUGGCUGCAUGGCAUGGCAGGCGUCGGAAAGUCUGCCGUGGCAUUCACUGUAGCUGAAAGAAUGAAAAGUCUGAAAAUAACACAGAAUACGAAAAUUGAAACAAGGCUCGCGGGGACAUUCUUUUUCUCGCGCAAUUCCAAGGAACGCAGCACGACUGGACAUUUCUUUGCGACGCUUGCUUACCAGCUUGCGAGCAAUUUCCCCAGCAUCAGGAACAACGUGAACAGAGCUGUCCGCGAGAAUCCUGCAGUUCUAGACUCCAGCAAGUCUCUUCGCGACCAGAUGAAGGCGUUAUUUCACAAACCUCUCUGGCACCUGCGACUCAGCUUAUGCGACUGUCCGCCUCUGGUCUUUGUCAUCGAUGCCCUCGAUGAAUGCAAACCUGAAACUGUUGCCGAUCUCAUCUCCCUCCUUGGGGAAGCUCUUCAUGAUCCUGAACUUCCUGUGAUCCACAUUCUGCUCACGAGUCGCUUGGAGGAGCGUAUCUGUAAAGCCAUUCAAAAGGAAGAGAUGCGGACGCUGGUGUACGAGAUACCAGUGAACACUUCUGGAGAGGGCGUUGCUGGCACCAUUUCAUUAGAUGGUGAAGAUGUCGACAAUGACAUCUAUAUCUUCUUACAGCAUUCCUUCAUGGAGUUGCAAAAUCGCCACCCUGAUUUCCCUCAGCCAGCUGCGGAUAAACUUACGCAGCUGGCGAACUGA